UCUACCUCUGGAACUACUCUCUAAACCCUCUCUCUCUCUCUCUCUCUCUCUCUCUCUCUACAAACUAAGCCAUUUUUUUGUUGUAUCUCUCUCUCUCUGGUCCCCUGUAUAUACCAAGAAACAGAGCAUCAACAUGGCUGCCAACAAAUUUGCAACCAUGUUGCAUAGAAACAGCAACAAAUUGACUGUCAUUCUCAUCUACGCAGUCCUUGAAUGGAUUCUGAUAGUUCUUCUCCUCCUCAACUCUCUAUUUUCUUAUCUGAUUAUCAGAUUUGCAGAUUAUUUUGGUCUCAAAACACCCUGCCUCUGGUGUUCUCGUCUCGAUCACAUCUUCGAGCCUGGAAAGAACAAGAAUUCACACAGAGAUCUUCUCUGUGAAGCUCAUGCCGCAGAGAUUUCCAAAUUGGGUUAUUGCUCUAAUCAUCGGAAAUUGGCUGAAUCGCAAGAAAUGUGUGAGGAUUGCUCAUCCUCGAGACCGGACUAUCGUGGGGCUUCGAAGAAUUUAAGUUUCUUUCCAUGGGUUAAAGAGAUUGGAAUGAUAGAGAAUGAAGGAGAUAAGGUCAGUGAUGAGAAUGGUGAUGUGGGCUUCAAGUGUUCUUGUUGUGGUGUGAAUUUUCAUAGCAAAAUUUACUCUCCUUAUAUUGUGAUUAAGCCUUCUUGGGGUGUUUUGGAGUAUACCCAGAAAGUAGAUUUGAAUGAUGACGACGAUCAGAUUGAAGAAGGUGAUAAUUCGGAUCGAAGCGGAUCAGAUUUUGUGAUCGAUCGAUGCCAAGAUGAUCAUGCGAUUGAGGAAAACGAUGAAAGUCAGAUGCUUUGUGGUGUGAGAGAUCAUGAGGAAGAUGUGGAUUGCUCUGUUUCUGUAUCAAACUCUGGAUUGGGAGAAUUGGAUGGCGAUGAAAUUGACAGAGUAGUUAUGGCUUUGGAAUCUGAGAAAGAACCCAUUAAGGAAGACAAUUCAGUUGUGAUAAUGGAGGAUCCGUCUUCUGGUGAGGCCCUGAAUCAGAUUUUUACCAGAGAAGAUGAAUCUGUUGAAAUUCCUCCUCAGCAUCUGGAAUUCUUUGUUGGUCAUGGUGGUUAUCGGUUGAUUCCAGUUGAAUUGAUCGAUUCGACAAUGGAGGAAAAUCGGAGAGCGUACAGAAAUAAGGAAGAAGAUGAUGUGAAUUUUGACAAUCGAGAAGAGAAUUUGGAAUCCGAGUCACGCGAUGAAGCACGAGUUGAAUCAGUUGGUGAGAACUUGAAUAGGUCCAGAUUAGGAGAAAGAGAGGCAGAACUCUCUGCCAAUGAGAUGGAAGAGGAAGCCAAAUUUGCAGUGUUUGAAUCCAUGGAAAUAGAAGAGAAUGAUAAUUCUCUUAUAUUUCAUGCCAAAGAAUGUGAUUUUGUGAGGGAGGUAUAUGAACAUGUUGAAGCAGAUGCAGAAGAAAGGGAUUCAGAUGUUCCUCCAGAUGCAGUCACAGAAGAAGUGUUUCAAAUGCCAGUCAAUGAAAUUGAAGCAGAGGUGUCAAUAGGAACUGAAAUUCCUGAUCUAGAACCAACAGAUGAGAUUCAAAAUCAAGAAAUCCUUUGCAUAAAUGAAGAUCCUUCUAUCAGUUCGGCUGUUUUCCAGAUGGAUGAAAGUCAAGGUUCUAAGCAAGCUGAGGAAGAGUCAGUUGAGUUGAAAACAAUAUCAAUUGAGGUGAGAGAGAUUGUGAUGAACAAUGAAAUUUCUCUUGGUUCAGAGCUUAAUGAGAUUGAGGAAGAGAAAGUUCCCGAUACACCCACUUCGAUAGAAAAUCUCCAUCACUUGCACAAGAAAUUGUUACUCCUCGAGAAAAGAGAAUUGGGUACUGAAGAGUCUUUGGAUGGAAGUGUCAUAAGCGAGUUUGAGAGUGGUGACGGAGUUACGAGUAUUGAACACUUGAAAUCGGCAUUAAGAUCUGAGAGAAAAGCUUUACAUGCUUUAUAUGCGGAACUUGAAGAGGAGAGAAGUUCCUCUGCAGUUGCAGCUAGCCAGACUAUGGCGAUGAUCAAUAGGCUUCAAGAAGAGAAGGCUGCAAUGCAAAUGGAAGCUUUGCAGUACCAGAGAAUGAUGGAAGAACAGUCCGAGUACGAUCAAGAAGCUUUGCAGCUUUUGAAUGAGCUCAUGGUGAAGAGAGAAAAGGAAAAGCAAGAGCUAGAGAAAGGAUUGGAAGUGUAUAGAAAGAAGGUUUUGGAGUACGAGGGCAAAGAGAAGAUGAGAAUGUUGAGAAAAAGCAAGGAUUGUAUCGCAAGAAGUGAAAGUUGCUCUGCUUCUUCUAGCAGUGUUGGGGAUAGUGAUGGGCUAUCUAUUGACUUAAAUCAAGAGGCAAAAGAGGAAGAUAGGUUUGAUCGAGAAAAUGGAAACCACAACACGCCAAUUGAUGAAGUUUUGAAUUUGGAAGAAUCAUUGGCUAACUUUGAGGAAGAGAGGUUGUCUAUUCUAGAGCGACUCAAGGUUUUGGAAGAGAAGCUUUUUACAUUGUCUGAUGAAGAGGAACAACAUUUUGAGGACAUAAAGCCAAUUGAGCAUUUCUACGAAGAGAAUGGAAACGGGGACUUGGGUUUUGGUGGUGAAGGAGUAAAUGGGAUUGCAAAUGCAAAUGGUUUUUCCAAGCAAAUGAAUGGGAAACAUCAUAUCAUAGGUGCAAAGGGAAAGACCCUUCUACCACUUUUUGAUGCGAUUAGUACAGAAAAUGGAGACACUUUUGUAGAGAAUGGACAUGUAAAUGGGUAUGAUUAUGAUAUCUUGAAAAGUCCUUGUGUGAAAAGAAACGAGUUGGAGAACAAGAAGCUUGUUGAAGAGGAGGUGGAUCAUCUCUAUGAGAGGUUACAAGCUCUUGAGGCGGACAGAGAAUUCCUAAAGCAUUGCAUGAGCUCCUUGAAGAAAGGGGACAAGGGAAUGGAUCUUCUUC